AUCAGUGACCAGCUAGCUACAGAGCUAACCUUAUCGCGGACCGACCAGAACCGUCCGGAGUCAGAAUGUCCCGCUUCGGGCGCUACGGAGGAGAGUCCAAGGUUUACGUGGGGAACCUGGGGACCGGCGCCGGGAAGGCCGAGCUGGAGCGGGCCUUCGGGUACUACGGGCCUCUCAGAACUGUCUGGAUCGCCAGGAACCCGCCGGGCUUCGCCUUCGUGGAAUUCGAGGACUCCAGGGACGCCGAGGACGCCGUCCGAGGGCUGGACGGGAAGGUGAUCUGCGGCAGCCGGGUCCGGGUGGAGCCGUCCAACGGGAUGCCGCGGCGUUCCCGCUACGAGAGGCCGCCGCCACGCCGACCGUUUGACCCCGACGACAAGUGCUACGAGUGCGGACAGAAAGGCCACUACGCCUACGACUGCCACCGCUACGGCCGCCGUGGCCACCGCAGCAGGUCCAGGUCCCGGUCCCGGUCCCGGUCCCGGUCCCGAGGGAGGCGGUAUUCCCGGAGCCGGAGUCGCAGCCGGAGUCGAGGGAGAAGAUCCGGGUCCUCUCCUCGGCAAUCCAGGUCCAGCUCACCCAGAAGGUCCAGGUCCGGUUCACCCAGAAGGCUGCGGUCCGGUUCUCCUGGGCGGUCCCGGUCGAUGUCAAAGUGCCGCAGCAGGUCCGGAUCCAUGGGCCGGUCUCAUUCCGGAUCUCGAGCCAGAAGUCGCUCGGCCUCCAGGACUCCUGCUGACAACUGACUUCCUGUUUGCUCUCAUGUUUUGUACGAACUCACUCUGUUGUGUAGCAGCUCUGUGAUUAUUGGUUAUUAAUUAGUGACUAUUGGUUUCUGAUCAGCCUGCUUUGGUUCCUCAGCCGUUUACUUCCUGCAAUGAUCUGUUAAUAAAGGUUUGUCAUUCAAA